AUGUAUGAUUUUGCAUUUAGGCUUUUUGCCAUAAUCUACUGUAAGGCAGUUUUGUAAAAACUUCGAAGCAACUCCAAAUAAGCUUAGAGCUCAGAUAAUUGGGAAAGAAGUUAAAAGGAAUGAUCCAAAUUAUAAACAUCUCUUCAAGAUUAAGUUUACAAACAUACAUUAAGAUCAAUGUGUAUUGGUAGUUCUUUGUGUUCUACUACUGAAGAUCAUCAUGUUAUGUUUAGUGACCUAUAAAAACUUUAAAAGUUUUUCCACAAUGCACAGAAACCCCAUUCAAUACAUACAACAGAGCAGUUCACUAAAUGGGGACAUCCAAUAAAAGUAGUAGGACUGUAAUCAAAGUCAAAACCUGCAAAGUCAUGAUAACUCAGUUAUCAAUUUGGUCCAACACAUGCUAAUCUUGUCUAUUACACAUAUGUAGUCGUCAUGUAUAGAUUUAAUAAUAAUUAAUGGAUUAAAUAGGGGCGUUCCUGCAAAUUUUAAUUUUCUGCUUGUCACUAUAGAAAUAGAACCUAUUAAUUAAAGGAAAAAACAUUUUAGGUGAAGUCAGAACAGAACAGAACAGAAGAGAAGUAGGGUUUAGAGAUGACGGAGAAGGAGCAAAGUAGCGGACGAGUUAACCCCAUGGCGCCACUUUCGAGCCUCGUCGGGAGCAUCGUUGAGAAAGGUUUUCCGGAGAACAAGCCGCCGCCUCCCAAACCUUCCCGUCUUCCCUUUCCGGUGGCUCGUCAUCGUUCUCACGGACCCCAUGUGGGGAGCAGACCCCAACCUAAAGUCCCUAUUGUCAAGGAAGAAGAAGACGACGACGAAGAAGGUUUAAUAAAUGCAGAGAACUACGCACGGUUGCAGACAAUGUCACACGAAGAGAUUGUAAAGGCACAGGCCGAGUUAUAUGAGAAGAUGGAUCCUGCUUUAGUUACCAUUCUCAAGAAACGAGGCCAGGACAAACUCAAGAAGCGAAAGCAUUCUGUUCCUGAGGUUUCCGAGGAGUGUCCUUCUGAUAUUCACUCACCACAAGGUGGUCAGGAGGCUGUUACUCCAUCCCCCUCCUCUCAAGUGACAGCAAUACCAAAAGAAGCAAGUGUAGCUUCCCAAGGCUUCUUCUGGGAUUCAUGGACCGAGAGGGUUGAGGCUGUUAGGGACUUGAGAUUUUCUUUUGACGGGUGUGUCUUAGAAAAUGUUGUUGUCCCACCACCUGAAACUGGUGUAAAUAUGUCUGCCGUUGAACGUGACUUCUUGAGAACUGAGGGGGACCCUGGAGCUGCAGGCUACACCAUCAAAGAAGCUAUUGCACUUACCCGAAGUGUGAUUCCUGGGCAAAGAUGCCUUGCUUUGAAUCUGCUUGCAUCUCUACUCAACAAAGCUUUGUCCAAACUUUGUCAAAGCGGAAUCGGCCAGCAAAAGGUUCAAUCCACUGAUUGGGAAGCCAUCUGGGCUUAUGCCCUCGGACCAGAACCUGGCCUUGUCUUAGCAUUGAGGAUGGCUCUUGAUGACAACCAUGCCUCUGUUGUUCUAGCAUGUGCAAAGGUGAUUCAGUGUCUACUCAGCUGCUCUCUUAAUGAGAACUUCUUUGAUCUUUUGGAGAACAUGGGACCAUGCGGAAAGGACAUGUUCACGGCUCCUGUGUUCAGGGGUAAGCCGGAGAUUGAUCUUGGCCUCCUCCCUGGUUGCUACUGGAAGUACAGCGCCAAGCCCUCCAAUAUUGUUCCUUUCCGUGAAGAAAUCAUGGAUGACGGGACUGAAGAUACAGACACUAUCCAGAAAGAUGUUUUUGUAGCCGGACAAGAUGUUGCAGCUGGUCUUGUCAGAAUGGAUAUCCUUCCAAGAAUUUACCACCUUCUCGAGACAGAACCUACAGCGCCGCUCGAAGAAUGCCUAAUUUCUGCUACUAUUGCGAUAGCGAGACAUUCUCCAAAAUGCACAACUGCUAUCUUGAAGUAUCCGAGAUUUGUGCAAACAAUUGUGAAAAGAUUCAAGUUGAACAAGAGAAUGGACGUUCUUCCUUCUCAGAUCUUUUCUGUGCGCCUCUUAAAGGUCUUGGCCCGGUACGACAAAAGGACAUGCAUGGAGUUUGUGAAGAAUGGGACAUUCAAUGAAGUCACUUGGCAUUUGUUUCAGUUCACCUCCUCUCUUGAUUCAUGGGUGAAGUUAGGGAAGCACAAGUGCAAGCUUUCAUCUGAUUUGAUGGUUGAACAACUCCGCUUUUUGAAGGUCUGUAUCCAAAGUGGCUGCUGCAUAUCUCAAUACCCAGAGCUAUUCCCAGCCUUAUGCUUGUGGUUGAGCUGCCCAUCAUUUGAAAAGCUCAAGGAGAAAAAUCUAAUUCGCGAGUUUGCUUCUGUGUCAAGGGAGGCUUACCUGGUCCUUGAGGCUUUCGCCGGAACACUUCCUAGCUUGUACUCACCCCGGAAUGAAUCUGAUGCUUGGGACUGGAGAUAUGUUAGUCCUAUGAUUGAUACAGCACUGAGCUGGAUAACGUUAGCCCCUGAGUUACUCGAGUGGGAGAGAGGAACUGAAAGUGUAUCUAUGUCCACUGCUUCCCUAUUGUGGCUGUAUUCGGCUGUCAUUCGUACAGUUUCCAAAGUUCUUGAUAAAAUCUCUGCUCACGGGGAGGAAGAGCCUCUGCCAUGGCUUCCAGAGUUUGUUCCAAAGAUUGGUCUCACCAUCAUCAAGCACAAGCUUCUUAGUUUUUCCGUUGAAAAAGACCCCUCCAAGUGUUCCUCGUUUAUGGAAUUUUUGUGUUUGCUAAGAGAAAAUUGUCAAGAUGAGGAAUUAGCUUUAGCUUCUGUAAGUUGUCUCCAUGGGUUGACGCGGACCGUUGUGUCCAUCCAAACUCUGAUAGAGUCAGCUAGAUCCAAGAUGGAAACUCCUCAGGGAAGCGAGUCCAUUAGAGAUGGCUCUCUGCUUGCGAAAGGAAUACUGACAGAGUCUCUCGGUGACGUAACAUCGGUGUGGAGCUCUUUUAGAGAUUACGUUGCAUCGGAAUGGCCCAUCAUGCAGUCCAUUGAGAUACAUAAACGAGGUGGACUAGCUCCUGGGGUGGGACUUGGUUGGGGAGCUAGCGGUGGUGGGUUUUGGUCAACGAGAGUUCUGUUGACACAAGCUGACGCGGGUCUUCUGAGUCUCUUUCUUCACAUCUCUCAGCUGGACUCGCAGGGAUCUGUUCUCUUGAUGGAUAAAAUGAACUCCGCUCUAGCUAUGUGCUUGAUUGCAGGUCCAAGGGAUCAUUUGCUUGUGGAGAAGGCCUUUGACUAUGUCCUUGGACCGCAUGCGUUAGAACACUUGGCCGGCUGCAUCAACUCAAACAAGAGAACCAUAACGUCUGAGUGGAAAUGCAGUGAAGGGGAUUAUGAUCGUAUGAGCAAUGUUCUAACUUCUCACUUCAAACGUAGAUGGUUUCAUCCAAAGAGAAAAUCUGAAGCCGAGAAUGGCUCCAAGAAAGUUGCAGUUGGUCUGGAGACUAUACAUGAGGAAGGUGAAAUGCCAACUGAGGACCAAAAAUCAGACUCCCUUAUAGUAGAGUGGGCUCACCAAAGAUUGCCCUUGCCUCCACAGUGGUUCCUUAGCUCCAUCUCAGCAGUCCACGUUGGUAAAACCUCAGCAGAGGAUCAAGAACCAACGGAGUUGCUUGAAGUUGCAAAAGCAGGAGUUUUCUUUAUUGCAGGACUUGAGUCAGCCUCUGGACUGGGAACGGUUCCGACUCCUGUUUCGAGUGUACCGUUGGUUUGGAAGUUCCACGCUUUGUCCACCGUGUUGCUUGCUGGAAUGGACAUCAUAGAAGACAAGAACACUAGGAACUUGUACAGUUAUCUGCAGGAGCUCUAUGGACAUGUUCUGGACGAAAGGAGACAAAGUAGCGGCCGUGAAACUGAGCUCCUGAGGUUCAAGUCUGACGUAUUCGAGAGUUACUCUACGUUUCUGGAGAUGCUGGUGGAGCAAUAUGCUGCAGUGUCGUAUGGGGACGUGCUGUAUGGGCGACAGAUGUCGAUUUACUUGCAUCAAUGUGUGGAACCUUCUGUUCGGCUUUCGGCAUGGACUGCACUCUCCAAUGCCCGUGUUCUUGAGCUGUUGCCAAGUCUAGACAAAUGCUUGGGAGAUGCACAAGGAUACCUCGAACCGGCUGAGGAAAACGAGGGAGUCCUUGAGGCUUACUUGAAGUCAUGGACUUGUGGAGCACUGGAUAGAGCUGCGACGCGAGGAUCAGUAGCCUUUACGCUAGUUCUGCAUCAGUUUUCAUCUCUAUUGUUCUGCAACGGGGACAACAAGGAUAAUAAAGAAGAAGAAGGAUCCCUGCGGAGUAAGAUUGUAAGGACUCUGGUGCGAGAUUUGUCAAGAAAGCAGCAUCGACAGGGAAUGAUGGUGGAUCUCCUGGGGUAUAACAGUAAAGGGUGUGCAGAUGCGAUGGAAGUGGAAGAAGAAGAAGAAUCACAGAAGAGGGAGGGAGAGAGAAGAAUGGAGGUGUUGAAGGAGGCUUGCCAAGGCAACUCGUCGCUCCUCUCGGAACUGGAGAAGCUGAAGGAGUGUGUUAGAGUCAAGAGUAAGGGAAGAAACUGAGUAGAGAGAGAGAGAGAGGUGUGUAUCCGAAUUUGGCAAUAUAAGUAACUGUAACACUCUAUACGAUCAAAAUCCUAACGAUUGUUUGUCGGAGACAUGAAUGCAACGUCGUCUGUCCUAGAAAUCAAUCAAUCAUACAGGUAACAGUGUCACGCACACUUGAGAAUUAUUCGAAUGGAACCUUGUGUGAUGUGAAGUAA